CCGCGCGAGGGGCGGGGCGCCGGCGCCGCACGCGUGGGGAGGGCAGGGAAGGCGGCGGCUCGCGCCUCCCGCGCCCACCGGAGCGGGGGCACCCGGCGGGGCGGGGCCGCGGCACGACUGCACCAAGAUGACACCAGCAACUCGACAAGAAGUUCUUGGCCUUUACCGCAAGGUUUUCCGAAUAGCCAAAAACUGGCAGUCGGCAUCAGGACAGAUUGAGGAAACCAUGAGAGAGAAAGAGUACAUUAGAAAUGAAGCCAGAACAUUAUUCCGAAAAAACAAAAAUGUAACAGAUCCAAAUCUGAUUAAGCAGUGCAUAGAAGAAUGUGAAGCAAGAAUAGAAAUUGGACUUCACUAUAACAUCCCCUACCCAAGACCUAUCCACCUGCCUCCUCUGGGCCUUGCCCAUAAACAAGGCCGUACAUUGCGACACCAGGAGAGGUUAAGGAAGAUUUCUAAGCCAAUAUAUCUGAAAUCCCACGAUGAAGUUUCAUAAGCCACCAUUUAAGCUGUGGUGUGUAAUCACAUCCUUUGAACUGUGAAUUGCAAUCUGGGUGAUUUGUGUGCACGACUGUGAAUAGUGUGGUCACUUGCUGACACAUUUCCUGAGGCCAAAAAGCCAACUGAUCCAUUGUGUAUGAUGGAUAAGGUUGGUUUAGUAUUUAUUACAUUUCAACCACUGACUUGUCAAUAAAAGUAACACUUUUUAAGGAGUGAGGUGUGAUACAAAGAUUACUUUGACAUCAGGACAAACUGCAGCAGGAUUUCAAACUGUUUAUCUGUAACAGGGUUCUCUGGUGGUUUCAGGGGUCUCUGUGCUCAGUUAUGACUCAAGACUGUGCCUUGCCUAAGGUCAGCCAAAAUUAAGGAAGUCUGGGACAGUUAAGCAGACACAGUUCCUCCAGAGCUUCUGAAUGCCAGUGGGAAUACAGUCACUGCACCAUGCACCUGCUCUCCUUCCUCUCUGCUCCCUGCUCUGCCUGCUGUCCCUGCAGGAGAGCUCCAGUUUCACAGUAACCUGAUGGGGAAGUUUUGUUUCUGGACAGUAGAAAAAGAGACAGCAGAAGUGCCACUGCUCCUUUGCAAACUGCAGAGGAGUGGCCUAGAGUCUCUAUGUCAGCUUUUUUCUCUCUUCCUUUGGAGAGGGUGUGGAUGUGAAAUGCAAAGUUUGGAAUGCUAUUACACAACUCUGAGUAAAACAUUCCAGCGCUGGGUUUCUCAGGUUCCCAUGUAUGGACUGGCUGAAAACACUGCCUUCAGGGUAUCACUAUGGGAACAACCUUAGGAUGCUUUGGUGUCCUCACUGUGUGUUUUCACUCAGCUUUUUAGCAUAAUCAGCAUACUGGCUUUCUCAACAAUUAUUUUAAUUUUACUGUUAGGUUUUAAGUCUUAUGUUAUGGAUUGAACCCUAACUUUAGUAAAAUAAAGUAUCUACCAAUCUCCUAAGUUUGAGGAGUAUUUCUGUUUCCCAGGUGCCUCAUGAGUAGAAGUAAAGUGACAUUCAUUUUCUUUUCAUGGGCUACCAGUUGUUUUGGCUCCUUUGCAGUCCUCUGACUUUACCAGGCUAUUGACAUGUUCUCUUCAGGGAAGUUAGGGGAGCCUUCCAUCCUUCAGGCUUGAAAAACCAGUGAGACCAAGCUUGGACAAGAGCCACACUUGUACUGGACACUACCUAAGCACAGUCCAGAGCACUUAAGGGACUACCUAUUCCAGCCUGACUUUAAUAAUGGCAAAAAAAAAAGAAAAAAGCAAAUUUGAAAUAUGCAUGUGUGUAUGAUUUCCUUUUAAAGUGAGAGAAAUCAAUGAAACCUCAUUUCUGCACUUGCCACGUCAUUCAAAACUCUCCAAGCUCUAAUAAACAGUGAUAAAGAAAUAUUGCUGUCUACCUGAAAAGUAAGUUAGAACUGGUCCUGUGCAGAACAGACUGACAGUCUCUCCAAAAAGAAUGAAGAGUGAGAAAGUAUAAGAAAACAAUAAGAAGAGUGAAUCAGCAUGACAGGUACUGGCUAGCCCAAUUUCUCACUACCCUUUAUGGCUCCAGUCCACAAAGUCUCUAUUCCCAUAUAAUUAUUUCCUGGGAAUGCCUCAUGUGGGGACUAACAGGUAAAAUGCCAUUGUUUUGUCAGUGGAAGCUUUGCAGGUUUACUGCUGCAAGGAAGACACAGAACUUUAGCCUAGGAAAAGGGGAUUGCAUAAAAAAAAAAGGAAGAAAAAAAAAUUUAACGUGAUUGCACACACUGCUUAAUUCUUCAUUGAAAAAAGUCUAACUACAGGCUAAUCUGAUCCCAAUUCUGAUACACCAUUGUAGGGAUGUGUCAACUUGAGCCCAACCAAAAUGUGCAGAGGCAAGGGGUUUGAAUGGAAGCUUAAGCUCACUCUUCUGUCAUUAAACUAUCAUUUGAAUCUUUGAAUUGCUGAAGCUCAUGUGACUAAUGAAGGUACUGAUGCUCUGACACGUCAGGUGAAUAAACAGCCAUGGAAAUGA